AUGCUGUUAAACCAGAGUGUUAGGGGGGCACCUGUUGUGUUAGAGGAGGCAAGGGUUUGUCAUGGUCCAUGCUGUCAACAAGACUGUGAAAUUACUGAAUGGAAGUCUUGGUCAUACUGCUCAACAACAUGUGGUAAAGGCAUCAGAACUAGGGAGCGUGAAGUUGUGGUGCCAUCAAGCUGUAAUGGGACAGAGUGUCCUCCUAAAACAGAACUUUUCGAAUCAGAGGAAUGUGAAAUCUCAAACACGAUUGAUUGCCAGCUCUCGGACUGGACGCAGUGGUCAGCGUGUAGUGAGAAUUGUGGCUCGGGGAUGGCGAUACGGUCCAGGCGUCUGCUGACUCCGGCCUACUGUGGGGGCUCUCUCUGCCAUAACGAGACAUUGAUGGAGUCAAUAGAAUGUGAAUCAUACACAGCCUCUACAGAUUGUGUUAUGACGGAAUGGGGAGAAUGGACAGAAUGUGAGAGGAAUUGUAAUGGAGGAAAACAGACUCGGUCCAGGGAGAUUUUACUAGCUCAGCAGUGCAAAGGGGCAGCUUGUCCACACAAAGAGGAUGUGAGAACCCAUUGUCACUCAAUAUGUGACCACCCUGAGAUGUGUAACCAGGGGGUCUGUGGAUGUCGGGAGGGAUACAGGAUGUCAGACAAUGGCUACACUUGUCUCCCCGUAAAGUGUGCCUUUCCCUCCAUUAAAUAUUGCCCUCCUUCCAGAACAGAGUUCUUCAGCUGUAGACAUCCUAGCAGCAUCUUAUGUAAAGGGUAUGACUACCUAGAUACCUGUACUGUCUCCUGUAUCACAGACUGGUUCCUGAAAGGUCCCACUAACACCAUAACCUGUCUGGCUAAUGGGACCUGGAGCUACCCACAGCUCUUCUGUGCCCCUCCCAACAACCCCCCAUAUUCUAUGAAAGUGGACAAUACAAAUAUCAAGGAAAAUAGAGAAGAUGUUUGUGUGUACCUCAGCACGGUGGAUGAUUCCUACGAUGCCCAGACUUACUCCAUCCUUGCCGAUCCCAAAAAUAUCUUCCAAGUUUCUGGCUCUAAGCUCUGUCUCAAAAGAAAGGCAGACUAUGAGGAAAAACCUACCAAAUGGAAUGUGACAGUGAGAUGUACAGACAUGGAGGGGGCAUAUGUGGAUAACACUUUUCAAUUCCAAAUCCUUAAUGAAAAUGAUCCACCAAAGUCUGCAAGGCUGUCACCAAACACAAUACCCGAGAAUAGUAUGGCUGGCACACAUGUUGGAUGUUUUAGUGCACAGGAUGAUGAUCCUGGUCAGAACGUUUCUCUGCUGCUGGUCGACUCGGAGCACGGAAUGUUCACCUCUUACUUCAACGGAUCACAGCUAUGUCUCAAGGUAUUAAAGCAGUCAGACCACAUGUGUUUGUCGGAGGGAGGUAAAUAUUGUGUGUUGAACAGAGAAGAGCAGAGAGUCCAUUCUGUCACUGUGAUGGUGCAGGAUGACUACAGUCCCCCAGGCAUUUCUUACUUUAACCUCCCUGUGACCUUGAAGGAUGUCAGUGACAAACCAGAGUCUGUGACCCUUGACCCAAGUGUCAUACCUGAAGAAGUUAAACCUGGAGAUCCAUUAACAGCUCUGAGAACCAUUGACGAGGAUGAACAUCAGCUUUAUCUGUAUGAACUAAUGGAAGAUGACACAGGCCUGUUUUCUAUUGUCAAUGGGAGUCUGGUCUCAUCAGUAAAAUUCAAUUUUGAAAAAAGUGACAGCAAAGAAUUUCAUAUCAAAGUUAGAUCAUCGGAUAAUGGCUCUCCAAGUUACAGUGUGAUUUCCAACCUGACCUUUACGAUAGGAGAUGUUAAUGAACCUCCCCACGACCUUCAUCUGACCUCAUUUAAUGCACCAAUACAGUUUCCUGAAGACAAACCAAAACUUAAGGAAAAUCUCAAAGCUUCUUACGUAGGAACCAUAGUAGUCAAAGACCAGGACAAGGAAGACAAUCUGGAGAUGAAAUUAUUGGACGAUUUAGGAGGUCGUCUGGCUAUAAUGAAUGCAGACUGCUCUCAAGAGAUGAACACGUAUUGUCUGGGUACCCUUGUGGCCUUUGGGUCCUUUGACCAUGAGGAGGAGGGGGAGGUUAAUAUCUCUGUAUCUGUGACAGACAGCCAGGGUCUGGAGAUGACUGCUGAGUGGACCAUGGAGAUCCUAGACGUCAACGAUGCUCCCACUGAAAUUUUGAUAAAUGGAGAGAUGGUCAGUGGUGUGUCAGUUACAGAGAACAGCAACGGAGCCAUCAUAGCUGACCUGACAGCAGCAGACCAGGAUAAAAACGAUACUCACAGCUUCCUCCUACUGGACUCUGCCGACAGAAGAUUCACACUGAAAGGGACACAACUCCUGACAUCUGAUUCAGCUAAUCUAGACUUCGAGUCCACAGACUCCUACGUAAUUCGUAUUGUGGUUAAAGACGAUGGAAAACCAACUUUAUCUUUUGAGAAAUCUGUCUCCAUCAUGGUCAAGGAUGAAAAUGAGGCUCCAAGAAAUAUUAUUUUGUCCGCCAAUAAGGUCCCUGAGAGGAGUGAGCCAGGCCUUGUGAUUGGGACACUGAGGAGUGAGGACCCAGAUAACAGUAGGAGGGAAGUACAGACAUUUGUAUACAGCCUGGAGAAUGAUGCCAAAGGUCAAGUGGAGGUCAAAGGCCACCAGCUACUGGUGAAGAGGUCAACACACCUGUGUGGUGACCAGCCUUGUGAGUUUGACUUUGAGAAAGAGUCUAGUAUUGAUAUCAAGGUUAAGGUCACUGACUCGGGAAGUCCACCCCUGACCUUUGUUAAGACCAUAACUCUAGAGGUCACAGAUGAGAACGACCCUCCACAGGACGUUAGACUGGCAGGAAACUCCAUAGCCGAGGGAAACCCUCCAGGAACUGUCAUAGGCAGAAUUGUGGCAGUAGACCAGGAUAUUGGACAAACCUUGAUUUUCACCCUGUUGAAUUACACUGAUGUGUUUGUGCUGAGGGAUGAUAACUCUUUAGCAGUGAUUCUGAGCUUAGAUUAUGAACAGCAGGCAGUGUAUGCCUUGUCUGUUAGGUGUAGAGAUGAUGGAGAGGAGUCAAAGACAGUAGACUCUGUUGUGACCAUUAAUGUACUGGAUGUAAAUGAGCCCCCUAGCUUCUCUGGAGUGGUGGAUAUAACAGUAGAAGAGAACAGAGAGACGGGGGAGGUAAUUGGAACAGUGACUGCUACAGAUCCUGACCUGGAAGAACAGCUUGUGUUUACCUUGACCAGAGGAUACAACAACUUUGUGACAGCCAAUACUACCUGCUUCACAGAGCCAGAACAGGGCACUCGCUGUAUUUCUAGUGUUUCCCUGAAGCACCGUUUGGACUUUGAAAUGAUGCCUGUCUUCUCACUGACUCUGUCUGUACAGGAUAAUGCAGGUCUGACUGACUCCUCCAACUUCAGGGUCAAUGUACAGGAUAUCAAUGAACCCCCAACUAGGAUCUUUCUAAAUGGAAAGUCCUUAACUUCACUAUCUGUAAAUGAAAUGACACAGAAUGAGACAAUUGCAGAGUUGUCAGCCCUUGAUCCAGAUCAACACCAAUUUCACAAGUUUUCGCUUGAAUCAGGAGAGAAAGAGAAUUUCGAAAUUAUAGAAAAUAAACUCAGGGUAAGGACUAGUGCAGUUCUGGAUUUUGAAGCACAAGAGGAACACCAUCUGAUCAUAAAUAUAAUGGACAAUGGCUUACCUCCCUUGUCAUUGCAAGCAAAAGUCACAGUUCAUAUAGAAAAUUUGAAUGAAGCACCACAAGCCUUAGUUUUGGACAACAACAGGGUUCCAGAGAACGCUCCAGAGGGUGAGGUGAUUGGUCAGCUAUUGACCACUGAUCCAGACAACAGGAGGGCCCAGACUCAGACAUUUACUUACAUCAUGCUGUCCAAUCAAGACAGCAGAUUUAAGAUUGUAGGGAAUCAACUCCAGAUAGGUAAGGCAAAUUCAGAGUGCGGUAGGACUGGAGGGAAUUCCUGUGGUGUUAACUUUGAGGAUUCUGAUGUGUACAAUGUGACUGUCAUGGUGACUGAUAACGGACUCCCCCCUCAGAGUAAAGCAUUCAGUGUAACAGUGUAUGUGACAGAUGUCAAUGACAGACCUACAAAUCUCACUUUGUCAGGACACAAAGUCCAGAGUCUGGCACCAAAAGAUACUGUGAUUGGUCAGCUUCUGGUGAUGGAUGAGGAUGUUGACCAAUCACUUGUCUUCUCUUUGGUAUCUGGUGGUGAGGCUCUAUUUCUGGUCAGCAGUGAGGGUCAGGUUACCAAGGCAACAGACCAACCUCUGAAGAGUGGGCAGAUCUAUAAUAUUUCUGUACAAGCAGUGGAUGAUGGACAGCCACAGUUAAAGGUGACCUCCAGUUUUCAGAUAGCAGUCCUUGGAGUGAAUACACCUGUCAGUGUAAACUUCACUACAGAGGGAGGAGUCAAAAGCUUCCCUGUCAAUCAUCCUGUUGUCAUGGAAAACUCUCCUGCUGGCACUGUGAUUGGCUCCCUGGAGGGGGUAACUAAUGGGGUAGAUGAGACAUUAACCUUCUCUUUAGAGGUGAAGGACAAGGAAAAUCCUUUCAGCAUGGGGGAUGUCAGUUGUAAUACAAAAACUGACUUGACCACAUGCACUGUUUCUGUGAAAGUAAAGGGAGUUCUUGACUUUGAGGAGCAGUCCUUCCUGUCCGUAGUUGUUACUAUAGAGAACCGUGAAGGAGGAAAAUUGAUUGAGAUGUUUAAAAUUACCAUCGAAAAUGAAAAUGAGGCUCCAUGGGACGUCAGAGCCAGCAGUCCAGGUCUUGUUAUUCCAGAGAACACCCAGGGACUGGUGGCUAUCUUCCAGGUAACUGAUCCAGAUGUGGAUGAUACUCACACCUUUACCUUGCUGGAUGGUGAACAGUUUACCAUCACCCCACAAGGACACCUCUCUACAAACAUAGGCAAAUUAAUAGACUUUGAGGAGAGUCCACAUGUUAACAUCACAGUCGAAGUUAUAGACAGUGGAGGACUUACACUUAGGAGAAACUUCACUAUACAUGUAGAAAAUAUCAAUGAAAAACCCACACAAAUCAGUCUCUCAAACAACAAGGUGAAGGAAAUGAGUGACCCUGGGACAAUUAUAGGUCACCUAGUGACCAGGGACCCAGACUUCAGUCAGAUCCACACCUACAGACUGCUGGAUGAUGCUGGGGGCAGGAUCCUCAUUCAGGGAAACACUGUUCAGGUUGCUGCCAAGGGAGAUAAGUGUGAGGAGAUGGGCGGAUCCUCCUGUUUACUGGAUUUUGAAUCCAAGAGAAGCUUUAGUGUCCUGGUCAGUAGCCAAGAUUCAGGAUUCCCCCCUCUGAAUCUGAACGCGUCCCUUACAAUACAUGUGACUGAUGUCAAUGACCCCCCACAUGACCUUGUUCUGAGUCUGGGGAAUCUGCCAGAGGACACACUGGUGGGGGAAGUGGUGGGGACACUGGAGGUCAGUAAUGCAGAAUUAGAACAGACUGUGUCCUUCAGCACAGAGGAGGAGGCUGGGGUGUUCGUAGUGGAGGGUAACUUACUGGUACUGAAAAAGCUACUGGACUACGAAACCAAACCUGUGUACAACCUGACUAUUACAGCUACAGAUAACGGUUUGCCUCCUGCUAAGAAUUCACAAACCUACCAGAUCAAUGUGGUUGAUGUGAAUGAAGCUCCUUUUGGUCUACAAGUGACAUCAAGUAGUGGAAACACCAGAUUCCCUGAAAACAAACCAGUCAUUGCAGAGAAUUCUGGUACACAUGUUCUGAUUGGUCAAGUAAUGGUACAAGAUUAUGAUAACAUGGAUGUUAUUACCAUGGGAACAACUAGUGUGCAAGUUGGCUUGUUCAACCAGCAGUGUCUGCCUUUAGCAAAAAUGGUGCACUGUACAUCGGAUUUGAGGACAUUGGUAUCAUUGGACUAUGAGAUGACACCACACCUGACAUUUGAGCUGACGGCAGUGGACAGAGAGGGACUGACCAUAAAGCAGGAGUUUAACUUGACUGUGCUGGAUACUAAUGAUCCACCCUCUGAUAUCAAUGCAGAAGAGGUGACUUACUCAGUAGAUGAAGGAAGUCAUCAUGUCAGAAUAACAUCGUUAACAGCUAGAGAUCCAGACACUGGACAGAAUCACACAUUUACAAUAAUAUCUGAGUCUCAGUUCUUCCACAUCAUCAACAGGGAAUUAUGGGUAUCCAACAUAGCAGAUUUAGACUAUGAAUCAAAAUCUGAGCAUGACUUGGUGAUCCGAGCCAUAGACAGUGGAAGUCCUCCCAUGUACAUAGAGAAAACCUUCACUAUCAAGGUCAACAAUGUAAAUGAGGCUCCCAGAAAUAUCCGGAUGACCACAAACGAGAUUCCAGAAAACAGUCCCCAUGGGACAGUGGUAGGGGAGAUAAUGGCCGAGGAUCCAGACAACAUCCACAAACAGAUCCAGGUACUCCAGUUCACCCUCACAGAUUCUGCAGCAGGGAUGUUUGCUCUCAAUGGAACACAAAUAGUUCUGAUCAGUGGAGAUUUGGACUAUGAGGAAGUCCGUCAGUACUCUGUGGGUGUUAUGGUGACUGACAAUGGAGAACCCUCCCUCUCAGCUAGAGCUGACAUUGUCAUCCACGUCACUGAUGCCAACGAUUCCCCAACAAAUUUAAAGCUAACAGCAAUGAGAGUUGAUGAGAACUGUGAGAUAGGGAUUGUGGUAGGAAGUUUAUCAGCUGUGGAUGUAGACCAGGGUCAGAGUUUGACUUAUUCCCUGUCUGACACCGGUAACCUUGUAGUAGAGGGAGAUAAGGUCAAGGUCACAGGAAGUAUAGACUUUGAGCAGAUGCCCUUCAUCAUGUUCAAAGCUACUGCUACAGAUGAUGGCCACCCAACCAGAGAAGUUUCAAGGAGUUUUUCAGUAGCAGUGAAGGAUAUGAAUGAUGAACCAACUUCCCUGAGAUUGAUACCCUCCUCUGUUGUACAAGAUUUUAUGAUACCAGAAUCAAUGUCUAUUGGUAGCCGUGUCGGUACAGUGGAGGGCGUGGAUCCAGACAGAGUGGAUAAGAUAGCUUUUGAUUUAGUGGACAGUAAUUUGGGUGUGUUUAAACUAGGGAGCACUGUUAAGUGUGGACCAACAAACAUUCAGUAUCAGGACGCAAAAUCUUCUGUUGGAACAAAGUGUUCUGUAGAAGUACAGCUGUCCAAAGAUUUAAAUUUUGAGACGAAAUCCACAGCAAAGACUCUUAAAAUUCAAGCCAAGGACAAAAACAACUCCAGCAUAACAAAGGAUUGGACAUUCUCUGUCAAGGAUACCAAUGAUGCACCUACUGAUAUAAAUAUUGAUGGCAGUCAGACAAUGAUUCCGGAGAAUGAGCCUAGUUUUAUCAUUGGAGCCGUACAGACAGCAGAUGAGGAUGUGGGGGAUACCUUCACUUACCAAGUUAUCUCCCAUUGGGAACUGUUCAGGAUUAGAGGGGAUAAACUGGAGGUCAGAAGGUCGCUGGACUUUGAGGAGAAAUCUACGUACAAUGUGACAAUAAAGAGCACUGAUAGUGGAGGACUUUCCUUUUCCAAAAGUUUUGGUUUUAGUGUUCUUGAUGUCAAUGAGAAACCAAGCAACAUUUCUCUAAACCCUAAAGAAGUGAGUAACAGUGCUGGAGUUGGGGAAGUGGUGGGAUUUGUGACAGUAGUAGACCCAGAUAAUGUCGACCCAGACUCCCCCACCCAGAACCACACCUGUACAGUGGGAGGGGAGGGGCUGGGGGUCCUCACCAUGGAUCCUGGUUCUAAUGUCCUCAAGGUUGAAUCAUCCGUGCCCCUAGAUAGGACAGAGAUUAUGAUCAUUAUUACCUGUAGGGAUAAUGGGACACCACCUUUGGAGUAUUCUCAGAAUAUAAGUCUGGUCAUCAAAGAAUCAGUAAAGAUACCAAAGGAGGUCAAACUGACCAAUAUGAGAGUUGUUCCAGAAAAUACAGAGAGCUUUGAAGUAGGAGAAUUCCAGGUCUUUAACAUGCUCACCAAUAAGCCUGUAGAGAAUGAGAUGUACUUGUAUUUCCUAAUUGAUGUAGAUGCUCCCUUUAGGAUUGAAGGAAACUUACUGAAAACCAAGAGAGCAUUUGACUUUGAAACACAACAGUUCAUCAAGGUGGAAAUUAAUGCUAUGGCAUUUGGAUCAAAUCUAAAGGCAGAAUAUAAGAUUGAGAUAGGAGAUGUGAAUGAGGCUCCCAUGGGGAUUGGAAUAUAUGGUGGGGGCCUUCUAAAUGAGAAUAGUGAUGAGGGGACUGUUAUAGGAGAUCUAAAUACCCGGGACCAUGAGAGGAAUCAGAUAUACACAUAUACAAUCAAAUCCAUCUAUCCAGGUUUAACAGACACAGAGGAUGCAUCUCAAUUCGCAGAUUUAUUUAAGCUGCAGAACAGAACCCUUACUGUCGGAAAGCCAACAGAAAUUUUAAACUUUGAGAAAUACCCUGUGUUUUCGGUUCAGGUGACAACCACAGACUCUGGUUCCCCUCCCCUGUCUUACACUGGGAUUAUCAGGAUUGUUCUACAGGAUGUUAAUGACCAACCAAAGGACAUCACUCUCAGUAACAAUCAGGUGAAAGAAAACAGUGUACCUGAAGCUGAGAUUGGGAUGUUAACUGUUAUUGAUGAGGACAAGAAGGACCUUCACACCUGUGCUGUUGUUUCAUCAGAGGUCCCAGUCAAGAUGAAGAACAGUUUAUCCCUAGUUGUUGGAAAUGGUCCACUUGAUUAUGAGAGUAAGAAGAUAUUUCCAGUUGAGAUUGAAUGCUGGGAUUAUGGUCAUGGUGGACCAGAACUCAGGGUCAGUAAAACGUUUGUCAUCAAUGUCACAGAUGUUAAUGAGCCUCCGUUUGACAUCAGCCUCAGUUCCAACUCAAUAAAGGAGAACACUCCUGUCGGUCAAGUGGUUGGAGAGUUGUCAGCAAAAGAUGUAGAUAGCACCAAGAUAAUCUUUCACCUUGAAGACAAUCCAUUUGUUCAGCUUGAUGGAAUAAAUACAGUUGUUACCAAAACAGAGAUGGACUUUGAACAAAUGUCUGAGUUUGAGUUUACUGUGAAGGCUGUGGAUUCUGAAGAAGCUUAUAAUUCAACAAACAUAAUAAUCAAGAUAUUAGAUGUAAAUGAAGCCCCAUCAGACAUUUUGUUAAGUACACUGAGAGUGAAAGAAAAUCUGGAUGCUGGAGUAGAGAUAGCUGUAUUGACAACUUCUGAUCCAGACAACAACCAGGUGUAUGUGUACUCCAUCACUGUCACAGAUUACUUUAAAGUUGUGGGGGACAAACUUUACACUGGGGCCAAACAUUUAGACUAUGAAGAGGAUUCUAGUGUUGAGUUGGUCAUGAAUAGUACAGACAGUGGUGUACCUGUCCUGACAAUCCAGAGGGCUUUCAUAAUUGAAGUAGAGAAUGUGAAUGAACCUCUCAUUGAUAUAAUAUUGGAAGCUAUUUCUCCAGUCCCUGAAGAUCUUCCGCUUGGAUCCGUCCUGUCCAAGGUGCGGGUUAAUGACCCAGAUGAGGACCUGUCACAUGUCUGUCAAGUUCUUUCAAGCUCCACCCCUUUUUCUGUUGUCACAACUGACAACAAUGUGAUGGAGUUGACACUGACAGGGAUGUUAGAUUAUGAAACCAAAUCAAUGUAUCAACUCAGCAUUAAGUGUUCUGAUGGAGAGUUUUAUAUGGUUAAGGAUAUAACAAUAGAAGUGAAGGAUGUAAAUGAGAGACCAUUAGGAAUAAGUUUGAGUGGAUCUCACACUGUAUUAGCCAAUGGUACAGCGGGAUACAUCAUUGGAGAAAUCUCCGUCUCAGAUCCGGAAUCGGACCAGACCCACACCAUCACCGUCAAGGGACCUAACUCAGAUUUUAUGAAGGUUGAAAGUAAGAAACUGUUGUUGACAGGACCAAUCCCAAUGGAAAUUCUAAAGAAAGUCCCUCCCAUCAUAAAAAUAACAUUAGUAGCUACAGACAACGGUCAACCAGCCCUGUUCGUCAAUCACUCUUUCUCCCUUCCAAUUACAAAUGUCCAAAUAUUUGCUGCAGAACUGCCCUUAGUUUCAUUGGAUAAUCAGGAAGUGUGGGAAGAUGCUGAAAUAGGGUACGUGAUUGGGAGAUUGUUCAGUAUAAACCAGACUGUUCAUGAGGAUAUUAUAUUUAAACUGAUACACAACCCAGAGGGGCUAUUUGCUAUAAAAGAUAAUAUGUACCUAAUAUUAGCUAAGAACCCUAGAGAGGUAGAAGGAACCUCAGUAAGGAUUAGUGUGCAAGUGAAGAACACAGAAACUUUUGAAAUGGAGACACAAAACAUUACCAUCUUUAUCAAAAGAGUUGAUAAGUGUGAUGUAAAUGGUAGGAAAUGUGAUGACAAUGCCCGCUGUGUGAAAUCUGAGAAUUCUACAUUGCAUAUCUGUAGCUGUGAAGCCGGAUUUACAGGGGAUGGGUAUUUGUGUGAAAACAUUGACUACUGUAAUAAAAGUUCUGCAGCUUGUUUUAACAAUGGCACUUGUGUGAACAAGGUAGACAAGCAUGCUUGUCUUUGUGAUGAAGGAUUUGUAGGCAUUCAUUGUGAAACACCUAUUGAGUCUGAGGAUCUGUGUUCAGUCAUGCCUUGUCAGAAUGGAGGGGUCUGUACAGUGAUGGAAGGGAAGGGAGUUAUCUGCUCCUGUGUUCCUGGCUGGCAGGGGGAGCUGUGUGAGAGGAGUGAGGAUGACUGUGUGGAUGCUGUCUGUCUCGGUAAUGGAACAUGUGUAGACAGGUACAGGGGCUACACGUGUGUAUGUGCGGAGGGCAGGACGGGGGUAUUCUGUCAGUAUCAACCUAGUCUUUGUCAGGACCAACAGGCAUGUGGUAGGAAUGAUGUGUGUAUACCUUUAGGAGACAGCAAGAAAGUGAUUUGUGCCAAUGAGUCAUGUGUCGUAGACAUCACCAUGGCUACAGAGACAGGAAUGGACAUGGCAGAGUUGGAAGCCAGAUUUACGGAGGCAGUCCUCCAACUUAUGAAGCAGACAGGGAGUUUACGGUCAGGAAACAGGAGAAAGAGACAGACCUCAUCAGAUCCAUACAUCUACAUCAUCAGCAUCACGCCAACACAGGGGGGUCAGACAUGGGAUGUGAAGUUUGUGCUGUUUGAAGGUGAUGGAGAUGUAAACACACGAGAAGUUGUCUAUGAGGUUCUUAAUCAGGCCUGUUCUUCUAAUGGUAAGCUUACAAAUGAGUUCAUUGUGUUGGUUUGUCCAUCAGCCCUGCUUCAUCAUCAGCUAGAGGAAAAUGGGGGAAGUUUUAUGCUUAUUCCAAUAAUAGCUGGCAUUGUAGGAUUCCUUGCUGUUUUUGUGUUCUUAUGUGUUUGUGUUUGGAGAAAACGAAGGAGGAAGAAGUCAGAGGAGAACAAGCUAGGACUGGGAACUGAUAAGGACUCCUACACAGAAUCCCGGAGAUCCAGUGGUUAUUCUUCCAUCUCUAAGAAAUCUUCAGCUGGCCUAAAGGAAGAUAAGAGGUCGAUUCUCUAACACUGGACUACCUCACUGUGACGUUCCAUGAUAAAUAUACAUUGAUCAGGUGUUUAUUUUUAUGUGUAAGAACAAUAAUAAGCUAUGCAUUCAGGCAAAUAAAAAAGCAAAAGUA